AUUUUACGCAUGCUCUCUAUUGAAGAUUAUCAGUUCCGGGGAAAAUGCCGUUGCCGAUUCAACCAGGAUUUUUACAGGUUGGCAUAGAGCCCAUGCAGGUUGAUGCUCAACCAGAAGAAAAUGACAAUGUGGAGGAGGAUCGAUAUGUGGUGGAGAACACAACACUGGACUUGGAACAGUAUGCAGCCCAAUACAGUGGUUUAGCAAAAUUGAACAGACUCUUAUUUAUUGCUGAUCACUGUCCAAUGCUUAGAGUGGAGGCGCUAAGAAUGGCUUUGGCAUAUGUCAUGAACACUUACAACACAAGUUUGUAUCAACAGAUCCAUCGUAAACUUCAGGAGGCAGUCACGUCGUCCUCCAGCCUUCCUGAUGCUGUUGCAGGAGCCAUUCACAACGUUCCAAAUCUAGACACACAGUGGAUAGAGACCACAUCAAAAAAAGCCGCCCUCAAACUGGAAAAGCUGGACACAGACCUAAAAAACUAUAAAAGUAACUCCAUUAAAGAGAGUAUAAGACGAGGCCAUGAUGACCUGGGAGAUCAUUACUUAGAUUAUGGAGACCUAAGCAAUGCACUGAAGUGCUACUCUAGAGCAAGGGAUUACUGUACAAGUCCUAAACAUGUGGUCAACAUGUGUCUUAAUGUCAUAAAGGUUAGUGUAUAUUUACAAAAUUGGUCACAUGUCCAGAGUUACGUCAACAAAGCAGAAAGUACGCCAGAAAUGACAGAGCAGCAUGGGAAGGAUUCAGGACAGACUGUGAUGACCAAGUUAAAGUGUGCUGCAGGAUUAGCUGACCUAGCCACAAAGAAAUACAAAUCUGCUGCCAAAUAUUUCCUACAAGCAAACUUUGACUACUGUGACUUUCCAGAACUGUUAUCCCCCUGUAAUGUUGCUACCUAUGGUGCUCUCUGUGCUCUGGCAUCAUUUGAUAGACAAGAACUACAGAAAAAUGUUAUAUCUAGCAGCUCCUUUAAAUUAUUCCUAGAAUUAGAACCUCAGCUUCGAGACAUAAUCCACAAGUUUUAUGAAUCAAAGUAUGCAUCUUGUUUGAAACUUUUAGGAGAAAUUAAGGAUAAUCUACUACUGGAUAUGUAUUUAGCUCCACAUGUUAACGUCCUGUAUACACAAAUUAGAAAUAGAGCAUUAUGUCAGUACUUUAGUCCAUAUUUAUCGGCUGACAUGAGGAAGAUGGCUGAAGCGUUUAACACAACGGUCCCGGCUCUGGAGGACGAGAUCAUGCAGCUGAUUCUGGACGGACAAAUCAACGCCCGAAUCGACUCCCACAACAAGAUUUUAUAUGCAAAAGACACAGACCAGAGAAGCUCCACAUUUGAGAAGUCAUUUGCCAUGGGCAAAGAGUAUCAGCGACGCACGAAGGCUUUGAUAUUGAGAUCUGCCAUGCUACGAAAUCAAAUCCAUGUAAAAAGUCCUCCCCGAGAUGGAGGUCAGGGAGGGGAGAUGUCCAUCGCCCCAGGGACAGUUUCCUCAGCCCGGAACUGACCGUACAGCUAAUGGCAUCUAUUUCUGUGAUAAAGACCUCUCUCUGAGGAGAUAGGGCGGGACAAUGAUAGACAUCAAAGCCUGCCUGUAGUGUUGUAUCCAAUCCGAUUCUCAUCGGGAAUCCAGAAUGCCAUCCUCGUUAUUGAUCAAUCAGUGCUUGUUAUUUAAGGACUGUGUUCAGAGAAGCUCCAUUUUGAUUCAUGAAGUGCUAUUAAUUAUCAGCAAACAAAUUUGUUUUAUGACAUGAAAUCAUGUUUUGUGAUAUGAAGCUAUUAUGUGGUGAAGACACAAAACUUUCGUUUUAUUAUAUGGGAUUCUGUAAACUCAAUAUACAAACAUUUGAUUUUGGAUUCUGAAUACUUGUGCUUAAAAUAGAAAAAUACAUGACCAAAAUAUACAGCAUAUAAAAAUACGUAAUACAUGGUUAUAUGAAUCAAUUCCAAGUUAUGCAUUGUAUUGUACAAGUUUUUUAAUUAAAGGUUCAGUUUCCUUUUGGUAAACUGUCAAUAUUGAUA